AUGGAUCCUUUCAGCUCCUUCACGGUCACCGGUUGGUCCAUACUCUUCCACUUGCUGUUCUCCAAGAAGUCCAUGAUAGAGGACAUGAACUUUGGGGAGGCUGUGCUAUCUAUAAACGUUCCGUCGGUUACUGAAGUUGUCGCACAGAUUUGCAACUUUGACCAUCUCCAUCAGGAGCCUGGAGGUGCAGUCUACUCUGCUAUCAGCACUGCUGGAUCACUCAGCCGCAUCGAUGGCUCAGUUGAUUUUGCUAUCCAGAACAAAAGGCUGGGACAUCACCAGCAGAAGUGGGAGCUGUUGGAAGAUGGCCUGCCGCUUGCUCUACUUGGGAGCACACAAUCUGAUGCACAGGGGACUGUAGUCUUUGAAAUCAUAACAAGGAUUAUCAAAGACACACUUGAUAAAAUUAGCCAGGCAACGGCAGAGAAAGUUAUCACUUUGGCUAUGCUGUGGAUGACAAUGUCAGGAGCCGAAGUUGAGAUCCAGGAAGUUACAAGUAAUGUCCUGGCUGCCAUGAGCUUCAGGUUUAUAAAUGAAAUUGUCCAACUGAUGAUAGAGAAUUUCAAACAAGGCCAGCGUUCACACAUGUACCUGGUGAAGACAUUGACCAAAAUGUCAACAGAAAAUGUGUACGGCAUAAUGCCAUUCCUCAAAGCAAUCCUGAAUACCAUGAUUCCAGUUCUCGUUAAAGUUAGAGAGGAUGAGAUGAAGUCUGCAUUUGCCUCCGCAAUGGGGAGUUUCAGUAAGAGCAUCCUAAUCUACCUAGGAAAUAGUGAGAAGGAUGAAGACCUUACAAUCACCAGAAAGUCUUUCUCUGGCGAGAUUACCAUCAUCUAUAAUCUGUUGUUUCAGGUGUGGCUUGAGAAGGAGCCCUCUAAAUUCAACAUCCCCACAGUGGAAGCCCUUGGUUACAUCAGUAACUUAUUGCCCAAGGACAAACUAGAAGAGGAGUUGCCCAAGUUAAUUCUAGGCAUCCUGACACUCUACGAGGAACAGGUGGGGCAUUUUUCCAUCACAGAGUGUUUGUGCCGGGUACUGGAAAUUGCCACAGAAAUUAGGUUUGCUAGGCUAAAAAUAAUGAUGGACAAUCUACUCAACAGUCUUCACCAGCAGAUCUGUCUAUCAGUGGAUCUUAAUAAGCAACUUCCAACCAGGAAUCAAAUUGCAAUCCUUUCCUGUUUCACAGUUCUGGCAUCGACUUACACAGAUUCAGUGUUUAACUUUCUCUUGGGGAAGUUAGAAAACAGUGAUCAGCGAAUGAGAGCAGGAACGCUUAAUGUGCUGAGACAUCUCAUCAGCUCUUCCUCCUCACACCUGGAGGGACAGAAGACCCAGAUCAUGGCUGCAAUAAAACCAGUCAUUCUGGACACGAGCAGCAAUAUGGAGAAGAAGCACGUUGCUCAGGGAGGAAGCCGAGGUGCUGCUGCACUGAGACUAUUGCAAGCUCUGAGCUUCAGUAUUCAUCCAGCAAUAGUGUCAGACUGGGAAGAGCAACUUCUGUCAUUAACUGACUAUUUACUGGAGAAUUCAGAAGUAUCUCUACCACAACAGGAAUGGGAGGAGAAACUGUUGCUUUUCUUGUCUAGAACUCUGAAUGCCAUUGACGAUGAGGAAUGGACAAGCACGCUGAGUGAUGAAAUGUGCAAACAGAUUGACACUAACCACUGUGGCCCACAAGAAAAAGCUUUCUUCUAUAAAUCUCUUGGAACAGUGCUCCACCAGAUGCCUAGUAAGAACAUAAAGAAAGAGCUUCAUCAAAUGUUACAGAGUGUGCAGCAUAGUGAGAGUGCAGAAAGAGAGAGUGUAGCCAUUGCCUUUGGUCUGUGUGCCAUGACCCACUUUGAUGAUACACUUGGUAGCCUGGAGGAAUUUGUACAAUCCAGCAGGUUCAAGAACAUGAAUAGUUUCUUCAAUAUGCCUCGAGAUAAACCAGUUGAAAAUGGGGAUAAAGCUAAAAGCACACUAGUUCUCUGCUAUGGGAACAUGGCACUCUAUGCACCUGAGGAACUAGCUCUCUCCAGAAUUGAGACUCAUAUUCUGCCAGCUGUGAUAAAUCAAUUUAAUCCUUGUCGGCAAGGAAUAAAGCCUGAAUCUAAAGACCUCACACUGAAGCUCAGUCUGAUAAAGACAGUGACUCUGAUAGCUAGAUCCCUACUUUCAAGUCAUCAAAUGGUUCCCUUCAACUUCAGCAGAAAAGGGGAGCUUCUGAGAUUCAUGAAGCAACUCAUUGAGGCUGAGCCACCAGACCUGCUGCACAGUCCUGUUCGAAAAUUAGCAAUUAAGGCCUGCACUUACCUUGUACAACUACACACUGAAUCAACCCCACCCGACACCUCACGGCUGGUCCAAACCUGCCUGAUGAGCACCUUUAGCUUGGUACCCACUGAGCUAGAGAGAAGUGAGGAUAUUGAUGGAAACACCAAGGAGCCUUCAACACUCUUUGGCCAAACCAUGACUGCUCUGCAAGAACUUCUGAAGCAAAUUUUACUUCAGGACCUGUCUUCUGAAGGUCUUCAGGCAAUAUUCAUCGAACUGGAAAACUGGAUUGUGUCAAGAAAGGACCAUGAAAGAGAGAGAGCAAUGGCCACUACUUUAGAGCUACUGAAAUAUUACUUGGAGGCAUUUUAUGUUAAUAAUGUCUCACCACCAAAAAACUUGGGGUGUUUGAUUGGACAACUGAUGCCACGCUGUGCAGAUCCAUCAGUAAUCGUUGGCCAGAUGGCCAUGGAGAGUUUGUACAUCAUCCUGACCAUUCAGUUAUUAUAUGAAAGCGCCAACCUAGAACAGCAUAAUGAGGACCUUGAGGUUUUGAAAGCAAUCAAAGGCCAGUUAAUCAAUCACAACAGUUCAAUUUUCUUCCAAACAUGCUGUCAGAUCACAGAAAUUAUCUCCAACUGUUUGCCCCAUGACCAAUUGGCCAACUUAGUCUUUGCACUCUUCAAAGGGCUGGCUGACCAGCACCCCAGUUGUUCUAGUGCAGCAGCUCUCCUCAUGAAAGCCAUCAUCGAAAGACGUGGCAGUGAACUUUGGGACCAGGUCUCAGAAAUCUUUAACGUGCUGAGGGUUCCACUGCAGCAUGUUCCUUACAAGAUGGUGAAACUUUCAGUUUUACGCAGCAUUGCCAUUCUUGCCUUGCAUAACACAGCAAUAGUCGUCUCCUAUCUCCUCACUUACAAUAUUACUUCAGACGAGUACAUCAGUGAUAUUUGGAGAUCACUUGCCAAGGAAAGACACUGUGCCCUGCUGACAAUGACAGAACUGUUGCAUACACUAAAUAAACAGCUAUCUACUGGGGAAAGGAAGCCCUGUUCCACCACUGAGCGCCCACCUCAACCAUCAGCUCUUGAAUCGCUAGCACCUGUAUGUGCAUUAUAUGAGAUGAUGUCCACUCCGGAAUCUGAGGAGACUGUAAUCGACUUAUUCCCUCAAUUAUUCAGCACACUGCUCGUCCAUCACUGCUCCUUUGUCCAUGUAUGCCUCCCCAAGAAUUUUGUUCCCCAUCACGAUUCAAAGCAGAGAGAAUUCUCAGCUGAGCCUGAGACAUCUACCAGCAGAGAUGUGUGUGUGAACUGUGUGGAGAUGCUAAUAAAGCUGUUGGAUCAAUCAAACAAUCCACAAGUAGUGCAUUUCAUGGUGGAAAAUGGAGGCUGGGACCAGAUGAUGGACCUACGCAAGUCCCACAGGGGGGUUAUGCUACUGGCCAAAGCAAUGGUCCAAUGUGCUAUCCCUGGUCUACCUGUGAUUGUAGCACAGCUAGCAGCCUUCAUUCUCACUGUGCAAGACUGUCAGAAAGUCACUGUGGCUGCUUUCUUUGGAGAAGUUUUAAAGUCUCCACUGGCUGUGCAAAUGCAGCUCACGGACAUCCUGAUGAACAGAUUGCUUCGAUGUUUACUUAACACUUCUGCAGUUGUGCAGUUUCUCUGUGUCCGAGGUUUGGGCAACAUUACAUCUGGAGCUCCUUACGGCAUUGAGAAAUAUUCCCGACCAGUACUCUGUGCAAUGACAUCUCUGAUGAUAACGGGGGAAAAUGAUAACGAGGUGCUUAUGUUUGAGACCGGGAGUCCCGAGCGAGCAAACGGAGGAGCAGCCGGAGCCCCGAGAGCGGCUCAAAGAAGCCGGAGGAGCAGGUGGGAGUCAGAGACCGUAGCCGUAGCCAGAGAGCGGCUCGAAGAGCCGGAGGAGCAGGUGGGAGGCAGCGAGCCUGAGGCCCGAGCGCGGCUCUUGGAGCAGGCCCAUCCUGGGCCCCGACAGCGGGCAGCGGCCUAG